CGUGUGCUGUGUGACGAGAGCGAGUACCGGCUGACGCAGUACCUGAUGUCCAACUACGACCCGUCAGUGCGACCGGCGCGCAACUCGGCGGAGCCACUCGAGGUCAACUUCAGCCUCUCUCUGCACCACAUCAUUGACGUGGACGAGAGAAACCAGAUUCUGACGACCAACUGCUGGCUGACCCACGUUUGGACCGACUACCAUCUCACGUGGAACACCUCCGACUUCGGCGGGGUCCAGAAAAUACGCGUGCCUUACUUCCGCGUGUGGAAACCUGACAUCAUUCUCUACAACAACGCCGACUCGCAGUACAGCACGGCCGUCAUCAACACGAACGUCAUCGUCAACAGCAACGGCCAGGUGACGUGGCUGUCGCACGGCAUCUACCAGUCGUCGUGUGACAUGGACGUCGAGUACUUCCCCUUCGACAUCCAGAGCUGCGAGAUGAAGUGGGCCAGCUGGACCUACGAUGGAUACACGGUGGACAUAAUCAGCGAAUCUCCGGACGGCGAUCUCUCCAACUACCAGUCCAACGGCGAGUUCGACCUGGUCGACUUCAGCGCCAAGCGCAACGUGCAGAACUACAGCUGCUGUCCGGAGCCGUACCCGGACAUCACCUACACGAUCCGGCUGCGACGGCGGCCCAUGUUUUACGUGUUCAACCUCAUCCUGCCCUGCAUACUCAUCAACGGCAUCGCACUGCUCGUGUUCUACGUGCCCUCCGAGUCGGGCGAGAAGGUGACACUCGGCAUCUCCGCCGUGCUCUCCAUGACCGUGUUCCUGAUGACCAUCAGAGAGAGCCUGCCGCCCACCGAGAAAACGCCGCUCAUCAGCCUGUACUACGGGGUCACCAUCUGCCUGGUCUCGUUCGCCUCCGGCCUGUCCGUGCUGACGCUCAACAUCUUCCACCGCGGCUCGCGCGGUAUCGAGGUGCCGCGCCUCGUGCGCACCAUUGUGCUGGGCUUCCUGUCGCGUAUCGUCUUCAUCCACUUCGAGAAGCCGCCGAUCCGGCCGGGCCGGCCGCGCGGCGCCAUGGCGGACCUGACGCAGCGGGCGGACGGACUGCUCAACUCGCUGGGCCGUGACCGGCGCACCAUGGCCGACGGCGACAGUCUGGACAGUCUGCGCUACCCGUGCCGGCGGGGCCACCACACCACCGAGCCGCCCACCAUGCUGCCGCCCUCCGAGGACUUUGAGCGCAACUUUGUGCGCGUGCUCAACAGGAUAUACCAGACGAUCGAGAGGAACGAGACGCGUCUGGAGGAGCAGGAGUACCGGGACGCCACCAGGCAGGAGUGGCAGCAGGUGGCCAUCGUGUGUGACCGGGUGCUGCUGCUCAUCUUCCUGCUCUCGACGGCCACGGCCACCUCGGCCAUCCUGCUGUCCUCGCCGCACCUGCACUGAGAGAGGAGCAGCUGCCCCACCGCGCAUCGCUGGGCGAACCUGUGCUGAGGGAGGAGCAGCUGCCCCACCGCGCAUCGCUGGGCGAACCUGUGCUGAGGGAGGAGCAGCUGCCCCACCGCGCACCGCUGGGCGAACCUGUGCUGAGGGAGGAGCAGUCGUCCCACCGUGCAUCAAUGGCCGCAGCUCCACUGAGGGAGGAGCAGUCGUCCCACCGUGCAUCAAUGGCCGCAGCUCCACUGAGGGAGGAGCAGUCGUCCCACCGUGCAUCAAUGGCCGCAGCUCCACUGAGGGAGGAGCAGUCGUCCCACCGUGCAUCAAUGGCCGCAGCUCCACUGAGGGAGGAGCAGCUGUCCCACCGUGCAUCAAUGGCCGCAGCUCCACUGAGGGAGGAGCAGCUGUCCCACCGUGCAUCAAUGGCCGCAGCUCCACUGAGGGAGGAGCAGCUGUCCCACCGCGCAUCGCUGGGCGAACCCGUACUGAGGGAGAAAUAACCGUCCGUCCGCCCCGCCCACUGGAAGGCGAAUCUGCACUGAGGAGAGGAGGCGACACUGCCGGUCCGCAGCGUCCAUCGGGAGAUCAGCAGAGCGCUCACUCUUCUAAACGGAUCCUCUCAGAGCCCCUCCGCUCAGUGACAGGCGGGAGUCACCCGGCCGCCACCGACAUUGGUUCACAGACAGUGGUUGUGAUUGGAGGUGUCGGUGAUGGCGUUCAGAGACCACUUCGCCAUACCUUCAGCCACGCGAACUGAAGGACAUGAGGACUGAAAAUGAUGAAGUUGAUAACUGUGUGUGGGAGACAUUCACGCUCCUGCGUCCUCUGCUCGACUGCUCACAAGAACCUAAACAGUGUGAAAUUGAAGUGAUUCAUCACUUCGUGUGAACUCCAUAUAGACCCUCAUAAAAGUGUCAUGGUCUUUUGUAAUUUAGAUGACAGGUACACUGAGAAAGGGGUUCGCAAAAAAAGACGAAAAGCGCAAAAUCCUGUCAAAAUGACACGAAUAUUCAGCAUAUCGAGUUGGUGUGAGUUGUGUGACCAUGUGUGUAAAUGGGGUAUCGACAGCGAGCCACCAGUUUUUACGGAGGAAAGCUGUCACAAAUGCUGCUGAAAGGAGCUCCAAUGAUGUAAAACAUAAGUGUUCAUCUGUAAAUAUGGCCAUUGGCAUGAAGAUUAACAAGUGCAGGGAUGGGAUAAGAACGUAAUUACCCGGAGAGAAAUGAUGUACGUGUGUAGUUCUGGUGUAGUCAGAGAUGUGUUCCAUAGUUUGAUUACGUAGGUAUGUGAUCAGCGCCCUGCAGGAACUUUGGUCGGCGCCGACCGCGUUCCCCGUAACAGCGCCUAGGUAAAGUGAGCGUCAACCGAACGAACCGACAUCAACCGUAGCCAUCCAAGCAAAAAUAAACUCUGAGAGCAGCGAUUGUUCAUAGUUCAGACGCUCCAGGGCUAAAUUGGACGUUACAUAAGAUUCGUAACGAUUGGAUCAGACCGGAGUCGCUGAUUUGCCGAUCGCCGCUAAUGACGCCAUGGCCCCACUGAGGGCAGUAGAGGACCCGUCUCUCCACUACUGGUUGGUGAUUUAGGUAAAUCGACCCACGUCGCGACCAGCGUAAUUAUUGCAUGAACAGGAGCCAGGAGUCCCUGAAAUCAGAGACUGAUACCUAGAUAGUGUUUCGCUACAAGUCCUGCUUGGAGCGGCACCCUGACCACAGCUGCUCUCGCUCAUCCAUCAAGGCAUUUUGAAGGACUCAACCUGUAUUAAUAGCGCAAUAGCAGAAUAGUGGGUUGUUGUUGUUGAGAACAAAUUGCACUCGGCAAAACGGUUAAAAAAAUCGGUACUGCAGCUGACCAGCACCAUUGGACCGUGUCGGACCCAUUUCUAUCCCCAGGCCGUUCGAGUCUGAAGGUCAUGGCGUUCAACUAACGAUGCCCAGAUCACAGAUGGGAGCUCAGACCCGCCUCAAUAGAUCUCUCCACUCUGCGGCUGCUCAGCACUGACCUACAAAAAUGGACACCGCUCCACUAGUCAGAGGUCCUCUGAUUCACUCAUACAGCCGAUUAUUUUGUUUAAUUAUUUCAAUAACUGAUGUAACUGGCAAU